AUGCCAGCGCUCGCCGUCCCGAUGCCAGCGCUCGCCGUCCCGAUGCCAGCGCUUGCCGUCCCAACGCCAGCGCUUGCCGUCCCAACGCUUGCGCUCGCCGUCUGCCCGACGCCUGCGCUUGCCACUGCAUGUUGUUGCGCUGCCACCUCCGGGCCACUGCUGCUGCCGCCACCUCCACUCGACGCCUGUCGUUCAGCCGUCACCGCGUGUCAUCCCGCCGUCGCCGCCUGUCGUCACGACGUCACCGCGCGUCGUCCCGACGUCGCGUCUAGUCGCCGCCCACCACAACACGCACUCUGCUGCGUGUUGUUGUGCCGCCACACCCGGGCCGCUGCUGCUGCUGCCGCCUCUCCUCGUCCCCUGUCAUGCCGCUGCCGCCUUCCCUCGCCGCCUGUCAUUCCGCCGUCAGCGCGUGUCGUCCCGCCGUCGCCGCCUGUCGUCCCGCCGUUGCCGCAUGUCGUUCAGCCGUCACCGCGUGUUAUCCCGCCGUCGUCGCCUGUCGUCACGACGUCACCGCGCGUCGUCCCGCCGUCGCGUCCACUCGCCGCCCACCACGACACGCACUCUGCUGCGUGUUGUUGCACCGCCACACCGGGCCGCCGCUGCCGCUGCCGCCUGCCUCGCCGCCUGUCAUUCCGCUGUCAACGCCUGUCGUCCCGCCGUCGCCGCCUGUCGUCACGACGUCACCGCGCGUCGUCCCGCCGUCGCGUCCACUCGCCGCCCACCACGACACGCACUCUGCUGCGUGUUGUUGCGCCGCCACACCGGGCCGCCGCUGCCGCUGCCGCCUCCCCUCCCCGCCUGUCAUUCCGCCGUCGCCGCCUGUCGUCCCGCCGUCGCCGCCUGUCGCUGCCGCCGCGCUGCCUCUACUCGCCUCCUGUCGCUGCCAUUUUGCUGUCUUGUCUUUGA